CCCGCAGACAUGUCAUCAAACAGAAUCCGGCUGCAACUGCUGCUGCUGGCGGCCACACUAAUCCCCCUGCUGCAGGCCGGGAUAGUUAGGGAUCCUCCGUACUUGGAUUCGGAUUCGGAUUCGGAUUCGAAUACGGACACCACCACCGCCCCCCUGGACCCGCAGGAGCAGCUGGAAUCGGAAUCGGAAUCGGAAUCGGAGACGGCAGCUCCUGAGUCCUCCGCUCAAGUGGAUGGCCGACGCAUCGACUGCAAAUUGACUUUCGAUGCGGCGACAAUGGACUCGUUAGGCUGCCACAAUGAGGGGGCGCGGCAGAGGUCGGGUAAUAAGCCCGAGGAGGUGGCGGAAAAUCCGGAAUGGCAGCGCCACUUGAAGUCCCCGGACAGCCAGCCCAUCUAUGAAUUACAAUUGGUUGUUUGGCCCAGUGACAUCGAGGAUGGUGAUGACUUUAGUCCGCCGCUGGCCACCACAACUAGCACCACUAGCACCACCCCGAGGACCACUAGCACCACUAGCACCACCCUGAAACCCACCCAAAUUGGGACACCUAUUGAGCAAAUAUGGCCAUUGUACGAGGAUCAAUUGGUCGUAUUUCCGCAAAUGGACUUUGAAGAGGAGAAUCUUGAUUAUUUCUUCGACGAAGUGCCACCGUCCACUUCACCGCCCACCACUGGGCGACCGGUGACCACCAGCCCCCAUCCGACGGGCACGCCCACUCCCACGCCCAUUUAUGUGGUGCAAAACUAUCAUCUCAUACACACCAACGGCACCGAGGAAUACAAAUUGGUGAUGAGCAAUGGGUUGGUGAACUACAAGAAGCUUUACACCAAGAAGGUGGGUGACCAGGUGGUCAACGUGCAGGAGGGCUACAACUCAGUGCCCAUUCCAGGGCCCAAGAACCAAAUCCAGACGCAGUACUUCAUUGCCGACGAGCGGGGCUACAAUGUCUAUAGAAUCGAGCUGCACACCCAUCAGCCAGGGUUGCCCAAACAAUUGCAUUACAAAGCCACAAAAGCGACCAAUAUGUGA